GGUGGUGAGAAGGUCGACAGAAAAUAUAGGGUGAAGAGCUGCUCCUAUACAAAUCAGCUGCCAAGUUACAAGAACUGAAUGUGCGUUUCAAAGCCAAAGCCAGACCCAUCCACUCCUCAAUCCAAAAUUGUUUGGCAGAUACCAGACACCCAGCUCACCAAAAGCCAAGUUGACUCCAUCCCCACUCCUCCCCAAUCUACUCCCAGUAUUCAAGUUUUAAUUUGAUAUGAAUCCAAUGAUUCCGGGUCCAUUCAACCCUACUGCGCCUCCGAAUUGGGCUCCAGUGUUGCCGCCGUUUCCACCACCAUCCAGUGCCUUCUGGAAAAGCAGUAACGUCCGUGAUUGCCUCAAAGAUUUGCAUGACACUGUUAAUCUAGCUAAAGCAUUGGGAAAGGAGUUAGAGAUGUUGAUUAUGAUGAAAAAUGAGGAAGAAUCUAGUGAGGGUGAUAGUUCAAUUGACAGGUUUCAUAAGUUGAUGGAGGAGAAUAGGUUUGAUUUAGAUUCUCAAGAAAUGAUAGCAUUGGAAGCUGCUAAUGCUUUAACAUCAAGAUUGAGAGUUCAGCUUGAACCAUUUAGAGUUGUAGCUGAUGUGAAAGCUCCGUGGGAGGAAAAAUCUGCUGCGGUAAAACUGUCAGAUAAAUUGCGCAAGUAUAAGAGGAAUAAGCGUUGGCGGAAAAGAAAGAGGAUGCAGGUUGCUGAGAACCUGGCAAAGGAGCGUGAGCAAUUUGACCGGAUUGACAAAGAAGCUGAUGAGUGGAGGGCUGGAGAGAUUGCAAAGGAAAUUGCUAAGCGUAAGGUAGAAAAGCUGAAGGAAAUUGCAAAACUUAAGGCAAAAGAAGAGAAGAAAACAUUAGAGUCUGAGCUUGAGCUGAUGCUGAUCGUGGAGAAGCUGCAAGAGUUGCGGUCCCUUAGGAUCCAAAAACUGAAAAAACAAGGUCAUUUUCUCCCCGAAGAGGAUGACAAGUUUCUUGAAAGAGUUAGAGCUGCUGUUGAGGAAGAGGAGCGACAAGCUAUGGCUGCAGCAGAUACAGAAGCUGCAAAAGAUGCUAUUGCAACUGCCGAGGAAUCUAGAAUUCAAAAUCGUGGACCUGACUCUGAAAAACCAAGCAAUAACAACAAAACUGUAGACAUGAUGGUGGAAAGUGAAGAUAGAAGAGAUUCAACUGUAGUCACUGGCAAUGCCUCCAGACCAAGUGGAACAGAAGGACAAAGUUCGACUGUUGCAUAUGAUUCUAUGGCAAACUUGCCAAUGGAAUUUUAUCACUACUACUACGGCAGCAAAACUGAUAUGGGCACCCUCAUUGAAGUUAGGAGAACAUGGGAUGCAUACAUCAGACCUGGUGGAAGCCGAAUACCAGGGCACUGGGUUCAGCCGCCUCCCCCAUCAGAUGAAACAUGGGCAUCCUACCUGGUGAAACCUAAAUGACGUGAGCUAGAAGACUCAAAUGAAUAGCUUGUGCAACAUUUUUAUGUGCAUUAUCAAUAGAUGAUAUAUUGUUUAUGUAUAAAGGAAUGUCUGUUUCUCUAAUUUUCAUUUGUGUUUUAGUUGCAAAUUCAAACUGUUGCGAGUCAAUAUGCAGCACUUUGUAGUUAGGCUAUGGAUAACCGGUGCUAAAGAUUCGAUGCAGAAUUUUUACUGAUUGGGGCAAAUUUGUUGUAGCGUGUGAACCUCAGUGAUCAACAUGACUUCAUAUCUUCAAACUCUUGCGAAUUUGUUUUAUAUCAUCAGAUUAAUUCUUCCUUUUCAAAUUUUACCAUCCCACUCACAUGGCAGUCUCAAUGUGAGAAACUGUCCCAAUAUACACUUCCACGAUUUGCAUUUGCUUUGCCAAUAGAACAGGAAAUAAACAUUAGCUUGAGAAGCUUUUUAAGCAACAGGCAUUAAAAUUUGCAAUUUACAUAUUUUGAGCAGUCUUGUAGAUAUUGAUUCCAGGAAUGUUUUUUCGUGCAUGCAGCUUACAAUUUUGCAUGCUAGGUACUGAGUAACUUGCUUAUAGUGUUAGAUUAAUUUUGUGACCAAUUACGCCGUCAUUCCUUUUUCUUACCACUAUUUAACCUUAUUCUGAAAUCGGGGGCAGAAUUAGAGAACUUCUUUUUUAUCUUGUGGGGAUAUAUAGACAUGUUGUUGCUAUCAUAAUUUGAAAUUUCUUGUUUUAUAUUAUGAUAAAAUAAGAUGGCUUGACAUAAUUCAGUGGCUUAAAGAAUUUUUCUUUUAUACUCUUAAUGCAGAUUGAUCAGUUUCAAGCAGAAAUUAAAACUUUGUCCAAUAAUUAUGCUGCAUUGCUGAGAGAUUUUUUUCUCUCUCUCCUCUCUCUUUAUACAAUUUAUUCUUUUCUCUUAAACCUUCUAUCUUGUACCCUCAGUGAAUCUUUCCCUUUCCCUUGCCCUUCACAACCCCACUCCCCAACUUCUUCACAGCCUUGGGGGAAAAAACUAGAUUUAAAAUGUUGAUUGGUGCAUAGUUAAGGGGUUUAUGGCAACCUCAUUUACAGUCAUGCUCUGCGAUUUUAAUGUCCAAUUGUUAGAAUAUUUAAGGAAGCAAAUUUUGUUCAAUUGUUGAAUCUUCUUGUUCUGGUAAUUGGCCAUUUUGGAUGGUAGGCUCUAUAUUAACAUGAGAGUCCUAUUGAGAAUUUGACUUUGUAUUGAAACUGAAGGUUCAAUUCAAGAAUUUUCCGAUGAACAUGCUGUAGUAUUUUCCUUAAUCUGAUUUAUUCAAAGUUCUGUUUCUUUUGCAAAACAGUUUGAUAAUUUACAAUUUCCUUGGCUUUGCUCUUUCUCUUUUUUCAGUUUCUUUAACUUUUUCUUUAGUCCUGGGUUCCCUGUGUUUGAAACUUAUGAAAUAUUCAUGCCCAUGUCAAGGGAAACUUUUAGGCUGCUUCCUGCCCGAGCUAGAUUGCGCCUUUCUUAUUUGGAGUGAGUCACUGUUAUGUCAUUAAGUUAAUAUUGAUAUUCUGUGGUUAGAUACUUCAUGGUCUUAAUAGGUUGAGGCUAUGGUGGUUGGCUUUUUCCAGUAUGGGUUUGAUAGAAUUAUGAGGCUUAAUGAAGAUGUGGAAUACUGAAGCAAAAUCUCCGUGCAACAAUGCUGCUGUAAAUGUAUCUAGAAGCACGAAGGAACUAGCAGUCACCAACCACCAAAGUAAGUCAUGGUGAAAAAUCAUGCGACUGGAAGCAUAUUGCAGAAUGGUCGUAUCCUAAACAAGAUGGACCGAAAAAUGGAAUUGGAUGCCCUGAUUAGUUGCCCUCAGAGAUGAAAAAGUUUGUGAUAAGUUGAGCCAAAAGAUAUAUGAAGAUGGAAGACUACAGGUGUUGUACAGGAGACAAUGAUGACACUGAUAACAUGGUGGAGACUUUGGAAAGAGCAAUUUGAAACCUAGAGAAAGAGAACAGAGAUCUUAAGAGGAUAUCACAAAAAAGUUCCGACGGCAUUGAUUCUGAGAUGGUGAGAUGGACUGAGAAUUGAACUAGGACGUCGCAAUUAAUUGGUUGAUGUUUCUAUUAGUUAAAUUGUAUCUUGGGACAUUUUGGAAUUUUUUAUAUAUAUAUUUAUAUCUCUUAUGUAUUUUAAAUACA